AUGGAAGAAGAAGAAGAUGAUGAUGAUAGUAAUGAUUACUUGUCUUUUGAACUUCAAGUGGAAAUCAUUAAAAGACUUCCAGUUAAGUCACUGCUUCAAUUCAGAUCUGCCUCAAAACGAUGGAAGACUUUGAUCGACAGUUCUAAGUUUAUUGCUGCUCACACCGUUGGUCAGACUCAGUUAAACCAUCUUCUUGUAUGGUAUGAAGAUUGCUAUGUAGAUCUUAGAAAGACUGGGAAAAAAAUUGUUUCAUUUGUUGAUGAUGAAACUUUAGAGUCAAUUUUUACUCGCCAGGAGAUUGAUCCGACUACUCUGGGGCUAGCUAAACAUUACAAGGAUUUACGAGUGGUUGGCAGCUCUCAAGGAUUGUUGUGCUUGUACGAUUUUGAGCGAGAUCAUUCUUGUUAUAAAUCUGUAACAGCGAUGGUUGUUCUUUGGAAUCCCUCUAUUAGAAAAUCCAUUGGUGUAGUUGUUCCUCGUGUGUCAGGGUGGGGAUUUCGUCAUACCGUUCUUGGUUUUGGGGUUUGUCCUAUCACUAGUGACUCUAUGAUUGUUAAGAUUACAAAUGUUAGCAUCGAAAUGAGAAGCAGCACUGGUGUCUCUUGGGCAGCUUGUUGGGGUUGA